AUGGAGCCAAUAGAGCCACAAUCACUGAAAAAACUAAGCUUCAGAUCCCUAAAACGAACCCUCGAUCCUGAAAGUAGAAGAAUUCGAAUGAGCCACAAGAUAAAUGUGGAGUAUAAAGGAAUCAAAAGCGUGAGUGAAAUCGCACCUCCACAAGUUAAUUCUACCACAGCGGAAGCUUCAGGGUCUUCUAACGUCCUUGCUCUUAUGGAUACUGAAUAUAAUUAUAGUAUGAAGUCAGGAGUUAUGGCUUAUGCUAUGGUCUAUAGACUUUUCUUAGUUUCAUUGGCAUGGAAGAAUGAUUGUGUUUCGGGCAAAAGCACCACAGUGAUUACUGCUUCUGGAUCAUCUGAAAGGAAUUUCUCAACCUUUGCUGUAAUGGAAAGAAUACCCAACAAAUGGCCACGCCCUGUCUGGUGUUCUCCAUGGUCUGGCGUUCUCCAUGGAAGAACUACAGGUGGUCAUUUGGGUUGGUUGAGAUCUAUUGCAUUUGAUCCAAGUAAUACAUGGUUUUGUACUGGUUCUGCAGAUCGAACAAUUAAGAUAUGGGAUGUAGGAAGUGGAAGGUUAAAGCUCACACUGACUGGACACAUCGAGCAAGUACAAGGCUUUGCCAUUAGGCAAAGACAUACCUACAUGUUCUCUGCUGGUGAUGAUAAACAGGUUAAAUGCUGGGACCUUGAACAGAAUAAGGUUGUCCGGUCUUAUCAUGGUCAUCUAAGUGGUGUUUACUGCUUGGUCCUUCAUCCCUCUAUUGACCUUUUGCUUACUGGGGGACAUUAUUCUGUCUGUUGGGUCUGGGAUUUACGUACCAAGGUGCAGGUUUUUGCACUGUCUGGACAUGAUAACACAGUGUGCUCAGUUUUUACUCCACCUACGGACCUUAGAUAUGGUAAGACUAUCUUAACUCUUACACAUCACAAGAAAUCUGUGCAAGCCAUGGCACUGCAUCCGACCGAGCAUUGCUUUGCAUCUGCAUCAGCUGACAACAUUAAGAAAUUCAAUCUUCCAAAAGGAGAAUUUUUACACAACAUGCUCUCUCAGCAGAAAACCAUCAUCAAUGCAAUGGCUGUCAAUGAAGAUGGUGUAAUGGCUACAGGAGGUGACAAUGGGAGUUUAUGGUUCUUGGAUUGGAAGAGUGGUCAUAAUUUCCAACAAGCCCAGACAAUUGUACAGCCUGGCUCAUUGGAUAGUAAAGCUGGUAUUUAUGCUAUCUCCUAUGAUGUAACUGGUUCAAGGCUUGUUACAUGUGAAGCUGACAAGACAAUAAAAAUGUGGAAAGAAGAUGAAGAUGCCACCCCAGAAACUCAUCCCCUCAACUUCAAGCCACCAAAAGAUAUCCGACGGUUCUAA